AUGGAAGUCUGGUUCGUCCUCCUCGUCUCUCUCUGUCUCUGCCUAACCAUUCGACCUUUCUUCAAUCUUCUUUCUUCCUCUCGCCCCACUCUUCUGCUACCACCUGGCCCUCCUCGUAUUCCCAUCAUCACCAAUCUUCUUUUUCUUCGCAGACCAAUCUUAGAAAUUGAAUCUUUACUCCGAGAUCUUCGUGCCAAAUACGGUCCCAUCUUCACUCUUCCUGUUAAGUCUCGUCCACUUAUAUAUAUCGCUGAUCAUUCUCUCGCCCACCAAGCCCUUGUUCAAAACGGCGCCAUUUUCUCCGACCGCCCUGAGCCAGUUAUCGCUACUAAGUUUUUCAGUUGUGUUCAGCAUGACAUUAACACCGCCUUCUACGGCCCCACAUGGCGCGCCCUCCGCCGCAACCUCACCUCCGAGAUGCUUCAUCCGACCCGGAUUAAAUCCUUUUCAGGUUCUCGUAAAUGGGUCCUGGACAUUCUUAUCAAUCGGCUCAAGUCUGAUGCUGGAUCAAGCAAUUCUAUCAAGUUGAUUGACCAUCUUCAAUACACUAUGUUCUGCUUGAUGGGUUUCAUGUGCUUCGGUGAAAAGCUAGAUGAGGAACAAAUCAAAGAUAUCGACGAUGUUCAACGCCGUGUAAUUAUGAGCUUUAACAGAUUCAGGGUGCUGGAUUUCUGGCCAAGACUAACCAGCAUACUGUUUUUCAAGAGGUGGCAGGAAAUGUUGCAGACUAAGAAGGAACGGGAAAAUCUUUUCAUCCCACUGAUCAGAGCGAGGAAGAAAGCCAAAGAAGAGAGAAUGAACAGAGUGAAAAGCUCAGAGGAACUUGCUGUGCCUUACGUUGAUACUUUGCUGGAAUUGGAGUGGCCUCUGGAGAAACGUGAGCUUGAAGAAUCUGAAAUCGUAGCCAUAAGUUCUGAGUUUCUAAGUGCCGGGAUAGAUACAACGGCGACGACAUUGCAUUGGAUUAUGGCAAAUCUGGUGAAGCAUCCACAUAUACAAGAGAGGCUUGUGGAGGAAAUGAGAGAUGUGAUCGGUGAAAGAAAGGAGAAGGAAUUGAAAGAGGAGGAUCUGAACAAAUUAUCAUAUCUUAAAGCUGUGAUUUUGGAGGGACUAAGGCGCCAUCCACCCACACAUUUUGUGAUCCCACAUGCAGUAACAGAGGAUGUAGUGUUGAAUGAUUAUUUAAUACCUAAAAAUGGAAUUAUAAACGUUUUGUUAGCAGAGAUGGGAAGGGACCCAAAGGUGUGGGAGAAUCCAAUGGAGUUCAGGCCAGAGAGAUUCUUGAAUAGUGAGAAUAAUUAUGAAACAUUUGAUAUUACAGGAAGCAAAGAGAUAAAGAUGAUGCCGUUUGGAGCUGGGAGAAGGAUGUGCCCGGCUUAUAAUCUGGCCAUGUUUCAUUUGGAGUACUUUGUGGCUAAUCUGGUUUGGAAUUUUCAGUGGAAGGUCUCAAAUAGUGAUGAUGGUGAUGUAGAUUUAUCUGAGAAACAAGAAUUCACUGUGGUAAUGAAGACUCCAUUACAAGUUCAGAUAUCUCCAAGGUUUUAACCCUGCACAGACAAGUAUCAUUAUCAAAGUUUUAGGACAUUUGAUUGUGUUUAGCAUGAGGUUUGUCAUAUGACUUACAACUAGCGUAUAGUGUUAAAUAAAUUUACUCAGUUUGGUAUCUAGCUACCAGAAAAUUUCUGAGUAAUUACUAAGAUGGUUGUUUCCAGCUUCUUCAGCUUUAAUAAGAUCU